AUGCAGUGCAUGCCAUUGCUGCUGCGGCAGUCACUUCGGUCCAGUCUACACCUCACACGAACACCCUCAGGGCCAGUGCGCGCAGCACAACUCCGCCCGACCAUCCCGAGCGCCUUCUCCGUCCCCCGAGCCCCAACGCGCAACUUCUCUGUCUGUCUACAAUGCCAAUUCCGUCGCCAGCCGGAACUAUAUUCCUCUCCCGACGAGAGGAAAGACAGUGUGAAUGCACAGAAUACUGCAGAGGAGCUGAAGGAGGCCCCCAGUGCACGCGAGGAGGGUUCCAUCUCGGGAGACGUGGGCAGCUCUCGCGCAACAUUGUCACAGGCCGAAAUCCCGGCUGAACAACCAGAGACUGAGAAACCGCUCUACGAGGAACCGACAAGCGGAAGCAGCGUUCAUGUUGAAGGAACGCAGAGCGGGGGUCUCCCGUCCAGCCUCGAGAGCCGCCGGUCUCAGGUGUCCAAGCAAUUCACCACCUUGAUGGAUAACCUACAAUCCAACAUCUUCGUGGCUGGUCAGCGGCUGAACGACCUAACCGGCUAUUCGGGUAUCGAGGCUCUUAAGAAGGAAAUCCAAUUCCAAGAGAGCCGACUCCGUGACGCCCGAGCACAGGUCAAAAAGGCGAAAGAAGACUAUGCCGCCGCGAUCAACAGCCGCUCUGCCUCCCAGCGCGAAGUCAACGAACUCUUGCAAAGGAAACACUCAUGGUCGCCCACAGACCUGGAGCGCUUCACGCUCCUGUACCGCAAUGACCACGCAAAUGAGGUUCUCGAGUCCACGACACAAGAAGCGUUGUCGAAGGCUGAACGCGAGGCUGAAGAGGCUGCGGCACUGCUGAGCAAGGGGAUUCUCUCGCGCUACCACGAGGAACAGGUCUGGUCUGAUAAAAUCCGUCGCAUGAGUACCUGGGGAACAUGGGGGCUUAUGGGGAUGAAUAUCCUACUGUUCUUGAUCUUUCAAAUUGCCGUGGAGCCCUGGCGCCGCAAGCGGCUUGUCAGGGGGUUUGAGGAUAAGGUGAUUGAGGCGAUGGAGAAGCAGAAAGCGCUGGACCAGGGCGCUCCUGUCGAGAGUGCCUCACUUUCUGCGGACUCUGCCGCUGCUUUACUCCCUUUUCAAGCCAAUGAGGAACCAAUCGCCAAUGCAGGAGAGAUUGUUCAACCUGAACCAUCCACCAUCACCACCAACUCAACCGCUCUCCAAUCUCUUCAGUCCCAACUCUCAAACAUCUCCUCUUCACCCACUUCCCUUGCAUACUGGCAACAAGCACUCCACGAGCUCUUCAGUGACCGCCACGUCGCCAUCUCCCAGCGUGACCUGUCGACCCUAGCCGUCCAGAGCGCGGCAGCCGGCGCCGCAGUGAUGGGCCUGGUGCUUGCACUGAUCCGACAUUGA